AUGAGUUCUUAUAUUUCUCUCAAAAACAAAUCGGAUAAUGAAGCCAUUUCUUUAAUAUUGACUUCAUUAUUAGCAAAUCAAGUUGGGUUGACGAGUAUCCCGUUGAAUACAAAGACAGAGUUGGUUGCUUCUUUGUUAACUGAUCUCGACGAAACUGGAGUUCAAAAAAAAUGGAAUGAUAAUGUUCGUUUGCAAGCUUUACAAGUUCUAAAAAUUCUGGGACGCGAUGCGAAGGGAUGUGACAACUUGUUCUCCGAUGAGGGAUUUAAAAUAUUGUUAAUUCAUGCAAACCUCUUAGAUCCAGAAUCGGGAUCAAAAUCAUCUAUAAUUGCUGAUACACCGGUAACUCAAGAAUCUUUAACAUGUAUAGCAAACACGUUAUUGCUUGAAGAGAAUACGCGCGAACUGUUUGAUAAAUAUAAAUGUGUUCCGGGUGUAUGUCAAUUUCUCAAGGAUGAAGGGAUUUCAAUUAAAACCCAAUUUUUAUUGUCAAGAAUCUUGUUUGUCAUGACUGUUAGACCACAACCAGCUGUACAAUCCCUAAUCGAUGAUCUAGGAAUAAUUGAUGUUUUAUUUAAGAGUAUCAGUAAAUAUGUUGAAGAAUUAUCGAGUUCAAAUAAUUCUUCAAGUGAAGAUAUCAAUUCGUUGCCUAUAACCAGGGUUAUGGUGUUAAAUGAACAAUUAAAAUUAUUAUUUAAUUUAAUGAUGAAUGAUCCAAAAAUUGAACGUGAUAAUAAUCUACAAGUAAAGGGAAAAUCUGUUGAGUGUCCUAGUAAAUUUGAAAAGUUACUUUUACCUGUAUUAAAAAUACUUUUAAAAAUACCAAAAUCUAUGCAAUUACCACUUUCACCUCCGCAUUCACAUGCAAUUCAUGCAUUAUUAAAUUUCCCAGUAGAGCCAUAUAAAUCAAUCUGGUUCCCUCCAUCUAGUGAAAAAAAAGAACAAUAUGUUGUCUGUUAUAAUUUAAUCGAUAUGUUAAAAUCGAUGGUCUAUACGAUUGUAAAAAAUGACCCUGAUGAAAUUAUUAGUAAAAACGAAAAUAAUUUGGAUUUUGAUGAAAUCAUCACUCCUUUAGUUGUUUUAAUUAAAAAAUUAGCCGACGAAGAUAAUGAUGCUAAAAUUUUAAUAGGAAAUGAAUUAUUGCCAGAUAACGUAGAUCGAAGUAAACCUUUAGAAAAAGGAGAUAGUUUAACAUCUAGAUUGAUUAGGCUGAUGACUUCUGUUAUGUUACCACACUUAAAAGACAAUGUCAGCGAACUAUUAUUCAGUUUAUGCGAUCAAGAUGCAAACUUAUUUGUUCAUAACGUUGGUUAUGGAAAUGCAGCAGGAUUCUUAAUGAAUAGAAAUAUUAUGAUACCGCCAUCGACUACCGCUAAAUAUUCAGAUAAAUCAAUUAAUCCUAUAACAGGUCAAUAUUUUGAUAACGAAUUACCUUCUUUAUCAAAUAUGACUGAUGAAGAAAAAGAAAGGGAAGCAGAAAAAUUAUUUGUUUUAUUUGAACGUCUUAAAAAAACUGGUGUAAUGAAUGUGGUGAAUCCUAUUGAAGAAGCUAUAAAGUCUGGAAAAUUUCAAGAAUAUGAGGAAAAAUUCAAGGAAGAGGAGGAUGAUUAA